AUGAUAGAAAUGUGUAAAAGGAUCCUAAGAUAUUUAGAUAAAAAUUCAUUAUCGGAUAUUCAAGAUCCCAAAUACGAUGAGUGUACUCUAUUAAAUUAUUGGGUAUAUAGUAAAUUAGUUAAUAUUUUUCGUUCUGAUAAUUCUAGUAUUAUUGAUAAUCCUUUUGCCGCACUCCUACGGAUAUGGAAUGAAAUUAUUGAUAAACAACCAGAUAAGCCUUUCUAUAAAAAAUGUCAGCCAGACAGUGCUACUAUUAUGAAACGAGACUGGAGGAAAAUAAAAGAACUGUACGAUUAUUAUGUUAAUUAUGACGCGCUUUUUAAAACCGCUAAGAACUUUCCAGAUAAAUGCGAAGAAUAUUAUGGAAAAAUCAAAAAUAUGGAAGAAAUAUUUCAUUAUUUCGAAAAUUUUUGUAGUAACUACCCAAAUGCAUGCCCUAAAAUCUACAAUGAAUGCAAGCCGUAUAAUCCUGAAAGCACAUUAGUUCAAUUACCAUGUCAUUCUAGAAUUAUUGGUAAAAGUGGUCCCAUUUUAAACGAUAAUUCUUCUCAUGAAGUUAUAGGCUCCAUAGAAAUGCAUCCCAAAUCUGCAGAUGAUUUUGUAGUUGAUUUUAAAGAUGUUUUUACAGUCGAAUCUGAAACCCAGUUAUAUAGUGAAAAUUCCGGAAUUGGAACAAAAGUUACUCAUUCAAUUCUUGGCGCUGCUCCAGUUUUAUUAACUGGCACUAUGUUAUAUAGAUACGAACUUGUAAACAUAAUUAUUUACAUGUACUACAAUAAUAAGUAA